CUUUUUUCACCGUUUUAAUUCUAUUUCCCUGAAUAUGCAGGAGCUAUUCCUCUCUCUAUAUGGUAACUUUUCCAAAAUAUUGGCGGAACGCCUACCUGAUCCGUCCAAAGCUGGAACAUUGCGUGAAUUAAAGUCUAUCAACUCAGAUUCAAUGGCUGUUGACCUAGAAGAAUCAUCUGCGAUGGAGGUUGACAACGAGAAUGGAGGACCUAAGAAGAGUCAGUCAAAUGGGGAGGGGGCAAACAAAGUCUAUAACAUAGGAGAAAAAGAGCAGUGGUGUAUAUCAACACUAGGCUAUGUCAAGGCAUUUUCACGGCAAUAUGCUUCUGAGAUAUGGCCUCUCAUUGAGAAAUUGGAUUCGGAAGUGUUAACCAACAAUGCUCAUCCUCUUUUCCGGAGUGCAGUUUACUCUGGCCUACGUAGACCCAUCAAUGAGGCGCCGUCUGACUGAUCAACAACUCGAAUUGCUUGUACCAUUUUUAACAUCUCACAAUUCCUCUUCCUUGAGCAAAUAUUUCUUGUUGUAAAUUAGACACGCGGAUAGAAGUAAAUGAAACUCAAUUUAUCUU